CAUGGUAUCGCCUAAUGACCUCCUCUAGAAACACCGUCUGGUCUGAACUCUGAACCAACAUAGCUUGCUAGCAAGUUUGACGGAAGACGGCCAAGGAGUUAUGGUGAAUUUCGUAGCCCUUGUGCGCGAGCAUUGGAUGCAGGCCCUGGUGCCAUUUGGCAUAGUCAUGGGGCUUUACCUGGACAGGUGGAACGACAACAGACUAACAGCGUUCAGGAAUAAGAGUGCUCUAUACAGCAGGGAACUGAAGCCUGGUGAGGAAGUUACCUGGAAGUGAUGCAGCAAGCAAGACCAUAUUUAUCACCCCUGUGUGGAAGGAUUUUGAUUUCGUCCUCAAAUUGAGGCCCCUCAAAAGCUGUUUCUUCCCUAGAUAUGUUGACCAAUAAAAUGUUGUUAUUAUAAUAGAAAA